GGGGCAAAGAGUUUUUUACCAAAUGCAUUAGGUGGAACCAGAGUGAUUUGUUAGAUAAGAAUUCUCUCUCUCUCUUUUUCUGUCUGUCUCUCUCUCUCUGUCUCUCAUUUUAGGCAUAGCUACUACCAUCCACCAUGAAAAUCGAUAUCUCUAAGUUCUUCAACAAGCUCUGCAACAAAAUUGCAAUCUUACUAUUAUACAUCUUAGUAGAAUUCAUAAUCCUCAUUUGGAAACUAACAUCACCGGAGACACAACCAAUCACGACUCGGCGAUACCUUAAAUUCAUCGAAGAAAAGAAUCCAACAAUUCGCUACACGAAAAAGUGGAAUAAGAAACCAUUGUUAUUAUUAAACAUGGAUUGUAGUGUGUGCUUAUGCGAUUUCGAAGAAGGAGAGAAAGUGAGAAGGUUGAAAUGCAAACACGCGUUUCAUAAAGAUUGUUUGGAUAAGUGGUUGCAAGAUUAUUUGGCUACAUGUCCAUUAUGUAGGGAACAGGUUUUACCGGAACAUGUUGUGUCGAAACAUCGUGAGCAUCGGAAUCAUCGACAAGGUAAUGUUGAAGGGAAUCAUGACAAUCUUCCGUAUGUGUUGUUCUUGCUGCGUGGUGGGAAUACAAGUCACUGGCGUAGAUAUGCCUGAAAUUCAAAUUUGUAAAUUGAUCCUGAUUCAUGUAGAUAGCUAGCUUAAACAAUUGUUUAUUUUUUACAACUAGAUACAGGCUUGUUCUUCUUCCACUUUUUUUUUUUUUUUUUUUUUUUUUUGAUUCAUUUUUUUUAUAUAUACGAUCCUGCUUAGUUAUAAAUAAAUUCAUUUUUUAAAUGAUUAA